AUGGCUCAACGCAGUCAACAGAGCUCUCUUGCAAAAGCAUAUUUACUCCUUUAUAAUAUUGGGCAGACGAUAGGAUGGAGUUGUAUACUGUUCCUAUCAUUACAACAUUACCUCAUUACCAAGUCCUGGGUGGGCCUGUACAGACACUCCUAUAUACAGCUACUGCUGGAGGUCUUCCAGACAUUAGCAUACCUUGAGGUGUUGCACUGUGUGCUGGGAUUGGUGAAGUCAAACUGGUUUCUGACGGCAGUUCAGAUCUUUUCCCGAGUCUUCCUCACCUGGGGCGUGGUAUGGAGUAUACCAGAGGUUCAAGACGGUUGGUUUGUAGCCUGCUUUCUUCUACCCUGGACUUUAACAGAAAUUAUCAGAUAUUCAUUUUACGCUCUGAAUUUAUUGAACUCGGUACCAUAUUUUCUCAUAUGGUGUAGAUACACAUUCUUCAUAGUGCUGUAUCCUAUAGGAGUUUCAGGAGAACUAUUCACACAGUUUUCAGCAUUACCUUAUAUAAAGAAGACUGCAAUCUAUACCUAUCCACUGCCAAAUAGGAUGAACAUGAGUUUUGACUACUAUACUGUUGUGAUUAUCCUCAUGCUUAGUUAUAUACCACUUUUUCCAAUGCUGUACUUCCACAUGAUAGGGCAAAGGAAGAAAGUUCUAAGAGGUUUAUCUGAGAAAAAGGAAGAUUAAAAAGGGAUAAAAUAGGAAAAAAGGAAAAACUUACUUUUGUGGCAAAAUGGUUCAAAA